AUGCUGCAUAAACCAGACACUCCAAAGGAGCCUUGUGUACCACAUACUGAAGCACUUUCUGUAACAAAACCUCCUAACAUACCUUGCAUACCAGAAGCUCCUAAGGUGCCUUGUGUGCCAGAAUCACCUAAAGUGCCUUGCACACCAGAACAUCCUAAAAUGCUGAGUGUACCAGAACCUCCUAAUGUGCCUUCUGUACCACAACAUACUAAAGCGCUUUCUGUAACAAAACCUACAGUACCUUGCAUACCAGAACCUCCUAAGGUGCCUCAUGUACAACAUACUAAAUUGCUUUCUGAAAUAAAACCUCCUAAAGUACCUUGCAUACCGGAACCUCUUAAGCAGUCUUGUGUAACUGAACCUCCGCAGGUGCCUUGUGUACCAGAACAUACUGAAGCUCUUGCUGCAACACAACAUCUUUGCAUAUCAGAACAUCCUCGGGUGCCUUACAUACAAGAAACUUCUAAGGUGCCUUGUUUAACAGAACAUUCCAAAGUGUCAUAUGUACCAGAGUCUCCUAAGGUGCCUUGCACAUUACAACAUCCUAAAGUGCUGAGUGUACCAGAACCUUUGACACCUCCUUGGGUGUCAAAACCUCUUCAAAUGCCUUGUGUACCAGAACCUCCUCAGGAGUGUUGCAUACUGGAACAUCCUAACGUACCUUCUUCAGAAGAUAAAUCCAUCUACCACAGAGUUUCAGGCCGCUGGAGAAAGGUUCAUUGCGCUAAUGGUCACACUUUUCGAUCUAAACGAUUCAACAAGCGUGCUAAUUGUGCCAUCUGCUCAGACCCGAUGGGGGGAUUUGGACGCAAGGCAUACAAAUGUGUGAACUGUAAAUUUUUGGUACAUAAAAAGUGCCAUGAACUCAUCACAGUUCAAUACAAGCAGCCACCUUUACAUAGUGAAUGCAUAAUGCCAAAAAACCAAGCUUCCAUGGCUUUAGAUCCCAAACAGGUAGUAGUCUCAUCAAAUCCUAAAAGUUAUGUGGGUAUGCAAGAAAUGGAUGAAGAGAGUGAGACAAAUAAUAGCACGGAAAAUGGCAGAUCUUUGUGCUCCUUAGGUCUUCAGGACUUUGAUUUUAUUCGAGUACUAGGGAGAGGAAGCUAUGCUAAAAUACUACUAUUUCGACGUAAAAAAACAGAUCGCGUGUACGCCAUAAAAGUGGUAAAAAAAAAAGAGCGUGACAACCUUGUUCGUCUAGGGGCAGAGAAGAACAUAUUGUAGAAUACAUUGAAUCACCCUUUUCUGGCUGGCCAGCAUUCGUGCUUUCAGAAUCAAACAAGAGUAGUCUUCAUCCUAGACUACAUAAAUGGAGGAUGCCUGACUUACCAUAUGCAACAGCACGGAAUCCUCCCAGAAGAACACGCGAGGUUCUACAUCUGGGAGAUCUAGUUUCUUCAUGAGCAUGGGAUAGUAUACAGGGAUCUGAAGUUAGAUGAUGUAUUACUAGAUUCGGAAGGACACAUUAAACUUACGGAUUAUGACUCAUGUAAGGCAGGACUGAAGACAGGCAGUAAGACCAACACUUUCUGUGGCACUCUCAGUUUUCUUGCUCCAGAAAUCAAGAGAGGAGAAAACUAUGGUUUCAGUGUGGACUGGUGGACUCUUGGAAUUGUAAUGUUUGAAAUGAUGGUGGGGGAGCCUCCGUUUCAUUUUAUGGACAGCCCCGAGAACUCUGACCUAAACAUAAAGAAUUUCUUGCAAUCUAUUUUAGAAAGAGAAGUCCGCAUUCCACAUGACCUGUCUGAGGAAGCUGGAAGCAUACUCAAGGGUUUUCUGAAGAAGGAGCCAGAGGUAAGAUAGGGCUUGCACCCUCAGAGAGGAUUCAUCGAUAUUCAGGAGCAUCCGUUCUUUAAAACUGUGGACUGGAGCACGAUGGAGAAAAGGCAGGUGGCACCUCCCUUUAAACCAAGUAUUGGUACAGAAUUUGGUUUGGAAAAUUUUAAUACUGAUUUUACUGAAGAAACUGUCCAGCUUACGCCUGAUGAGAGUGACUUUCUGAAGAAGAUAGAUGAAAAGGAAUCUUCUGGCUUUGAGUACAUCAAUCCACUUUUUAUGCAUGAGGAUUGA